AUCACGAUUGUGGAGAAAAAUGAUAGGGAAAGUGCUGGAGGCCGGUUAGGAGAGUAUACCUGGGAGGGGCAUAGGUGGGAGACCGGACCGAGCCUACUGCUGCUACCGGAUGUAUAUAUGGAGAUAUUUGAGCACUUGGGUGGAUCUUUUCCCAGUGCAUCAAGCAGCACGACAGAAAGAACCAGCAAAGAAGACAUAACGCGGACAAGCGCAGCCAAAUGCGGGGGCGGCCGAUGGGAAAGACAGGCAGAGCCGCCCAUAGCUUCCGGGGGCUCCGUGUCAG